AUGAGCAAAGACUCUUCCCCAACGCAUAUCCAUAUGCACCACCCGCGUCUUGCAGACUACUUCGAAGACUUCACACGCCCACACACAAGCCACACCGCAACACUCACAUCCUCUUCAUCCUCCUCACACAUCUAUCAGAACCACACAGUGACAUACGGCUCGUCGUCACCCGCGCUCGUCCCCUCCUUCCUCCCUAUCGAAGACAUUUACGUGCCUCCGCAGUAUCAGCCGCCGAACCCGGAGGACGAAGACGACGUUGUUCCGGACCAGCAUGCGGCGUUUGGAAUUACAAGGGCCAUGGAAAGGAGGCGUGAGACUGUUUGGAGGGAUCUGGGGCUUGAGGGGCUCGUUGCGUCGGGCGGUGCGAGUGGUGCCAAAGGGAAGGGUGGGAAGGUGAGGGUCAAGGACGCAGGGAGGUUGAUGGGCGGGAAGAGAGUUGUUUGUUUGCGGUGA